CUGCAAUGGCAACUGGAAAGAUGAAAUCCCGGAAACUGACUUUCGUUUGGAUUUUAUAUCAAUUUUGCAGAAUGUCACUUUUUACCAACUGCUAAGUAUAAUUACCGAUCUCACUAUUGAAGAUACUAAUACUUCUACUGAUGCUGGAAAACUUGCGUUAUUAUGGUCCUCUGCAAUGGACUUGGAAAAAAUCGAAGAGGUUGGAAUAACGCCUUUAAACGACUUAUUUGAAGAAAUUGAUAAAAUUUCUUCUCUUUCAGACUUUGUGAAGUUUGUCGCCAAAAGCCACAAGUACGGUGUUAAUAUUCUUUUUGACAUUGCGAGUGAGGCUCAUCCGGAGAACAGCCAGAGAACCAUCCUUUGGAUUUAUGAAGCUGUUUUUGGAUUACCGAGUAAAGAAUACUAUUUUGAUGCCGACAAGGAAGAACUGCGGAGCGCUUAUCUCAGUUUUAUAACCGAAAUCUUAACUAUGGCAGGGCUAGAAAAUGCUCAUACAAUUUCUCUAGAGAUUAUGGCGCUCGAAACCGAAAUUGCCAAAGCUGCUAAGUCGAGUAUUGAAGGGAGGGAUUUAAAAGGAAUGACUAACUUGAGAACACUCGAGGAGCUCCCCUCGAGUUGGUUAUGGCAGGAAUACUUUGAAAUUGUUGGAGAGGACUGCCUCGAUGUCAACGCACUGAGCACCAUUUGUGUCUUCAAUCCAACCUACCUCGAAUUUGUGGUCGGCCUUUUCUCCAGCGAUCCGGACCGUCUGGCGUUACUGAAACACUAUGCUAAGUGGCAAACUCUCCUCACCUUCGCGCCCUUUCUUUCCAGCGGAUUCGUAGAUGCUCAUUUCCGUUUUUUCGGGCAGACUUUACAAGGCCAACCGCGUCCCGUGGACCGCUGGGUCUGGUUGAUAAGACUCCUUAACUACCAAGCAGGCGAUCUUCUCGGAAAACUCUACUGCGACCGCUACUUCCCGCCUUCUUCCAGAGACUACGUGCUUGAUUUAGCUGAAACCAUUAUUGUUUCGUUGAGAGAUAUCAUCGGUAAAGUGGAAUGGAUGGAGGAGAGUACUAAGUUCCACGCUUUAGAGAAGCUGAAGAACCUGCAACUAAAAGUUGGCUAUCCUAAUAAGUAUACAGACUACAGGGCUUUUAUGCCGUCAAAGGAGGACAACUUUGUGUCCAUCGUCCGCCAGCUGUUUGAGUUCAACUUGAAGUGGGAUCUCCGUUAUGUUGGCAAGCCCACUAGUAGGGAUCGAUGGCUUGUGGCCCCGCAGACGGUCAAUGCCUACUACCACCCCUUUUCUAACGUGAUUGUCCUUCCAGCAGGCAUUCUGCAAGGCUAUUCUUUUGGCCCCGAAAAAGAUCUUUGCGUUAACUACGGCGCCAUUGGGGCCAUUAUUAGCCACGAAUGCACGCACGGGUACGACGACCAGGGCAAAGAUGUGGAUGCUUACGGGAACUUGGCCAAUUGGUGGUCACCAAACGACAUCCAAAAGUAUAACGAGCGGUUGCGACCAAUUAUAGAGCAGUAUUCGUCUUUGAGGGUCAUUGGUGACCACUACGUGGACGGCAAUCUCACGCUAGGUGAGAAUAUAGCCGACAUUGGUGGUGUCAAGUGCGCGUACCACGCUAUGCAGAAGGCUCUUCAGCGGCAUCCAGAGGCCAACAAAAUCAUCGACAACUUCACUCCUUCGCAACGCUUUUUUAUUUCCUGGUGCCAACUGUCUCGGGAAAAGACUCGAGAAGCUUACCUGCUUCAUCAACUGCGAACCGACGAGCAUCCACCCUCUAAAGUGCGGGCCACGCAAACGCUGAGAAAUAUACCGGCGUUUUAUGAAGCCUUUCAAGUACAGGAAGGAGAUUUAAUGUUUCUUAAGAAUGAAUCUAGAGGGGAAAUCUGGUGAUGCGCACUUCUGAAAUUGCUUAGCUUUUAGUUUUUAUAUUGAACAAGAGGCGAU